AUGUCCUGGGAGCAGCAGAAGCGCGUCAUCCUUCCCUUCCUGCAGAGGGCGGAGGAGAUCGAGAAAGUUGAGCGGAAGGUUGCGUACUACUGCAGGCUGUAUGCGGUGGACCAGGGUAUUCGGAUUGAGGAGAGGGCUCCCGAAGCCGACCAGCUGCUUGGCAAGGUGCUGAGCCACCUGGAGAGCGACAAGCCGUACAUAAACCUCGAUCAGGACGGCGAUGCUGAGUACUGUGAGAAGUUUGCAUUGGGGGUAUUCCGCAAUGCAGAAAGGAAGGACAGGGCAGGACAGGCCACAAGAGACACUGCCAAAGCAUACUAUGCCGCCUCCAUCUUCAUAGAGAUCGUGAAGCAGUUUGGGGAGUUGACAGAUGAGUUGGAGCAGUACAGGCGAUAUGCCAUCUUCCGUGCAACAGAAAUCAAAAAGUCUCUGGACAGAGGAGAGAAUGUGGCACCUCCAAGGGAGGAGCCCAGGGAGGGGCCCCCAAGCGAGAAGCCCCCAGGUGGGGAGCCCCCAAGGGCAGAACCUCCAAGAGAGGAACCUCCAAGGGAAGAACCCCAAGGGCCAGAGCCGCCAAGAGGAGAACUCCCAAGGGGGAUGCCUCCACGGCAAGAUAAGGUUGAAAAACGGCCUGAGCCAUCACACCUGGAAAGCGAAGGCUCUUCUGCAUCAGGCACGACAGUGAUGGAUCCAGGCUACCAACCUGGAACGAAAGUGUUCUACUCUGAGGAUGAGAUGACAGUAAAGGCCAAAGGCGUGGUUCUGAGCAAGCUUGAGGAAGAGGGAUCCUUGUUCCUUGUAGAGCUUGCAGGCCAGGGAACAGUACACGCUAACCUGGAGCAGCUUGCCCCUGAUCUGGAGGAGAAGGCCAGAGUGAUGUACUCACAGGAACCUGGGGCAACCAUGGUGGAAGCCACACUCAUCCAAGUGGAAUGCGCUGAUAUAUGGCCACCGAUGUAUGUUGUUGCAACUGCGGAUGGGGAGCAGCAUGCCUGUGCUUCAAGGUGCUUGACACUUAUCAACGAUGCCAAGGUUCCAGAUGCUGCAGAGGGCACUAGCCACAAUUUGGAGGCGGAGGUUCCCAGUUCGGAUUCCAAGAAGUAUUUGAAUUCCCAUCCACUGAGAGAUUCGCCAAUCCAGCACCAUUCCCCCGACCCUUCCGAUGCGGACUCGGCAGUGCAGGAGCCAGUGGGCAACAGUGCCGCGGCGCCCGCCCCGGGUCAAGACGCCGGCGCGCCCACCGUCCCUGCCAGUGAUGUGGCGAAUGGAGUUGGCACCGCAUAUGCUGCCGCUCAGCAUGCGCUCCCACCCAAUUCGGCCCCUGUCCAGUAUUCCACUUCAGCCCCUGUGGGCCCCGUUGCCCCGCCUGUCGCUUCUGUGGUGCACCAGGUCGCACCACAGCCGACACCUCCGCAGCCAGCGGCUAACGGCGCCAUCGAGCCCCUGCCGGGCUUUGUACCGGAGCUGCAGGCCAUAGAGAGUGCCAAGAAGUACUCCAAGUUCGCGGCCAGCUCGCUGGGGUUCGAUGAUGUCGAGUCCGCAGUGCAUUACCUGAACCUGGCAUUGCGCCUGCUGACUCGGCCGCCUGACCAACAGAAGUGA